AUGCCAGUAGGAUCCAACCUCCCCUUGAAAUCCAUCAUACUCCGAUACCCACCUUCAACCAUCGAAGAAUCAGAAGAGAGCUAUCAGUUACUCGAGCUCCCACCAGAAAUCAUAAAAGCUGUUGAAGCUUCCAAGGGAAAAGACAAAGAGAGUAUCUUUCCACUGACAAUCAAAGGUAAACCUUCAGACGACGCUGUACUGUGUACACCCAAUUCAACAUUCCAAUUACGUACUGUUGGAAUAUCAAAUUCAGUCUUGGUUUGUCGAUCUCCUUCGUCUUCAACAGAAGCACCAAAGAAAGAUACAUUACAAAUCCGAGAUACAUGCCAUGAGAUUCUCGAGUGCGUUGCUAUAUCACCUAAUCUGGAGAGGAUACGGACCAUCCUCAAAGAUUCAGCUUGGAAGGGUAUCAAUUCAUCUACCAAUAAUAAUCUAGGUAAGAGGAAAAGAGCUGAUCAGGAGAAAAAAGUGAAAAAAUGGACAAGAGAUCAAUUGAGUAGUGUGAUUCAGUGUAGUGAAGAGGAACUUGAGAAGGGUCUAAAGGAGAGGAAUGUGAUUGAAGUUAAUGGUAAAAUGUUAUUACUACCACCAAAAGAAUUGAAAGAACUCUUAUCGAUCGUACUUUCCCUUCUGACUAUCCAUUCCCUUGAUCCCACCAAUUCAAAUAUCGCAUUAUCUCAACCUAUACUAGAAGCUUUACAGGAUGAUCAUGAUGUGGAUACGUCCAUAUCCACGGAAGUACUCAAAUUAUUUGGUACAUUACCGAAUGAAGAUGGAGCAGAAGAAGAGACGUGGAAAGCGGAUAUCAAAAGGAUAAUAAGAGAGAUAGGUACUGGGUUAUUGAUAGGUGUUAAAGAUAAGAAAUUGGACGAGUAUGAACAUGAGUGGAGGAAUGAGGUAGGGGAAGAAUGGGGAGAUGAGAUUGAUAUUAAACUAUUAGAGGGAGAAUACCUCCUAUCUCCCAAACCAUUAACGACAGCUAGCAAAUCCUCAUCAUCAUCAUCAUCAUCUCUGAUAUUGCAUUUCCCAAUGUCUUCAUUGCCCCUUCAACCCUCCGAACGAUUCUCCGAUUUGUUCCUUACUCGUUCUAAAUGGAGACCCGAGGAGAUCCUUCCUUUCUUAAAAGGAUUGACAAGGGAUGGAGAUGUGAAAUCUAGAGAUAAGCUCGUACAGAAGUUUGUUAGGGUUGUCAAAGAGAAAGAUGGGAGUAUGUGGUGGUAUCCUAGGAGAAGUAGUUAG